AUGAAACAAAUUGUGCACCCUGGCCCCACAGAUGAAGUUGCAUUACCUGAUCACAAAUCCCCCCUAGCUAAUGAUGUUGCAAUGGAUUUGGCUGAUGAGGGUUACUACACACUUGGCAAGCUCGAGUCUGAUGAGGGCACUGAUGGUGGUGCAACAGAACACAAGGACAAUGACAAUGAACUAUCCCAUGGUCUGUGCUCAUCCAACGAGACACUACCUAACGCCCAGCAUUUGUCAUCCAACAACACCUCUCCAGCCACCAAUCUCCCAACCACUUCCAUACAUGGAGCUGUUCACGCUCGUGUGCACAUACUGCUCGAAGUAACUUCCACACAUGGCAACACAUUUUCUCUCACACAUUCAUUCAAAGGUGACACACUCCUCAAUGUCAACCACUCUACCCCUGAAUCCAAAGCAAAGAUUGAUCAAACAGACAAUGAGCGCUUUGAAGCUGACAGUGACCUGAAUGCCGAUCAAUCAGACAAAGAUCAAUCAGACGCAGAUGAUGAUGGCAAGCUGAUGACAUCCAUGGACCUUGAUUCACCACCCAAUCUCACUGAACUGCUUGCCCACAUUAUUGGGAUGUUUAGAGGAGAUUUGCGAGAUUUCGAGGUUGACCCGCUUCCCCUUGGAUCCAAAACAGAUGCCCUAAGAGAAGUUAAGGCUUUCAUCACUGAACGUGGUCUCCAUGCAAAAGAAACUACUUACCACUGCCCAUUGAAUCAGAGACCCAGGGGUCCCCUUCUUGCUCAAACUAACUGGGAACACUGUAUCAAGAACAUAGACCUCAAGAGCCUCAGGCAAACUGUGUCUAACCCUGAUGGCAAGCCAGACUUUCUGUACCUCAUUGAGGUCAUGCAACAAUAUUACCAGAACAUCACAGCCAACCUCGGUCAUCUGUUGGCCCUUACUCUUCGCACACUGUUGUCCACUAGUCCAUCAGAUCCAACUCUUGAAAAAUAUGGCGCCUUCCUUGCCAAAUUCAUCAUCUUCCUCAUUCGUCAUCUCUACCGCCCCAUUGAAAACUUUGACAUUCCUUUACAUCUGCAACAUAGCACCGACCUCACCACACUUCAUGCCCAUUUGCGAACCACAAUCUCCAAAUUCUCCCCAGCCAUCGACUUACUUUCUAUCAACUUAGUACACAAAGUUAUAUUUUCCCUCCUCACUCACGUCAGUUCAGAGUUCUUGAAAAAUGAGAUGAAGGACCUAUUCACUCUAUUCCUCAUCACAUAUCACCUCUCUGACAAUUUCGGCAAUACCAAUUGUGUAUGCCAAGUACCCCCCACAAUCAGCAAGGCCCAGUGGUGCUUCAGGGCAAUGGCUGGCAUGGAGAUUUAUAUGAAAAUGGGGCAAUUCAACAACAACUCAUUCGAGUAUGUAUUCACUGUCUCUGUUAUGAACUUGGAUAGACUGUCAUUCCAAUAA